AAUGUUAAAUGUAUUUAAUGCAACUCUAUUACCGGCGAGCGUUAACGAUGUUUUCAUAAAUGACAACGAAAUAAUUCAAGUUGAUAAUUGGGAAAAGAUCUCAUCUAGGAUACAAAAUUUCGCAUUUGGAAAAAACGAAAAGGAGAAGCUUGAGGAAUUAAAUUUAGCCGAUAACUUGAUCGAAAAUGUGGAAAAGCUACUAAUUAAACUUUAUAAAGUAAGAAAAUUGAAUCUAAGCCAGAAUAAUAUUAAAAAAAUUGGAAAAAAUCUAUUUAAUGGACUUGGAAUGUAUCUGGAAGAGUUAACUCUUGAUUCUAAUAAAAUAGUCAAAAUAGAAGAGAGAUCUUUUGAAAGACUACAUAAUUUAAGACUGUUAUCGUUAAAUAAUAACAAACUAUUGGAUCUUAACUUUUUCCAUAAUCGAAUUAAUCUACAACAAAUCUUUCUGGAAAACAAUAAUAUUGAAGUUUUCAAUGCAAACAUUCAAACUUUUAAGAAAUUACAAAAAUUAUCCUUAAGAGGUAAUCAUAUUAAGAAUGUUGACGAAAUAAAGGUUAAUGGUAUUGUGAGUGUCUUUUCAAUAGACCUGUCGAAAAAUAGACUUAAGCAACUUCCUAAAAUAGACUCUCACAGAGCUGGCGAAAUAGAGAUAAUUAAUUUUAAUGGAAAUCUUAUAAGUAAUAUUUCUAAAAUAAGCAGUGAUGCUCGUGUUAGAAAUAUUGACCUGUCUGACAAUCAGCUAACAGAUCUACCUACAUUUCAAACUAAAAUUGAUACAAUAAAUGUCAAAGGUAAUCAUAUUGGUCUAAUUAAUUGCGGAAGUCUAGACUAUAUUAAAAAUGUCAAUCUUGAGGAAAAUUGUAUUGAAACAAUUAAAGAUAAUGGUAAUAGUUCAAUUUUCUUGGGAAUAUCUUUGAAUUUACGUAAUAAUCUUUUAUCGUUGGUACCAAGUUGUCUAGAUAAGUACGAUUCAAUAGAUAUUCGAGGAAACCCUUUGGAAUGUAAUUGUCACUUAUUGAACUAUGAGAAUUCGACUUGCAUUUAUGAGGGAAAGUUUAUACCAACAAAUUGCCAUACUUCAGUUUACUGCUCUCAACCGAAAUUAAUAGAUAACUGUACAAUUGAAAAUACAGCAAAACUAAACGCAGAACGGUGUAAAUUACAAUCAGAAAGGACAACUCAGAUGGAAUAUUUAAGUACUACUGGUUCUGCCUCCACUGCUUCAAAAUCCACUGCUAAAAUUGAAACAUCAACCCAACAGAGAAUAACAACAGAACCUACAAUUAUGGAAAGUAGUCAUUCCACCAUUAAAACUGUAACAACAGCUACUCCGACAACAAUGAAAGAUUACAAAAGCACAACUCCUAAUUUACUAAAAUGGGAAAGUACUAAAGAAACGGAAGCUAUUGAGAAACUUACCGAUACUAUAAAGUAUAAAACAACUGAAGGAUUAACAAGCACACAAGAUAUAAAAACUUUAUCAAUCACCAAAGGAAAAAUAACAACGGAAGGAAAACGUAUAUUGUCCUCAAGCCCAAGUUCCAGUACUCCUGAAUUGACUAGUACCAAAGGAAAAAUUGAUGGAACUACUUCAGAUGAAUUUUCUGAUAAAACUUUUACAGCAGAAUCUUCAAGUUCCAAUUAUCCAACUUCUAUGUCAGCAAAGUUCACCACCAACGAGGACAAUUUAAAGACUUCUACCUUGGCCUUGACGUCACAAGAAUCGACUUCAAUAGGCUCUACUGAAACAUUAUCACGGUGUCCGAUCACGAUUAAUUCUUGUAAGUGCCAAGAGACACAAUUAGAGCGCAAUAUAAUAUGCAAAGAUAUAGGUUUAUAUGAAAAAGUACCGACAUUUUUGCCAUCUAGCAUCAUUUACGAUGAAAUACGCUUUUUGGGCAAUUCCAGCAUUCGUACAAUUCAAAGAGGUGCUUUUAGAAAUAUUAAGGUGAAAUCUAUAUAUCUACAACAAAAUGAAUGCGAAAACAUUGAAGAAAAAGCGUUCGAGGGAGUCGGGAAAUACUUAUUAAACUUAACAAUAACUAUGAAUGCCAUUAAGAAUAUUAGAGCGGAUGCCUUGAAGGAUUUGAAAAAGCUGUAUUAUUUGGAUCUCAGUAACAACUCCAUUGAUCAUAUUGAGAAGGAAGCUUUUAAUCAUGCUUUGAGCGUACGUAAAAUAGAUUUAAGUCAUAACUCUAUUAAUUCAAUAGAAGAGACACUGUUCAACAACUCAACAUUCUUGAAUUCUAUCGAUUUAUCUUACAAUAAUAUUCAAAAUGUUACCAUGAGAUUCAAAAAAUUAAUUCUUCUUACAACACUGAAAUUAUCCAACAAUCUACUUACCGACUUAAGAGACGAAAUGAUACCAACUUCCGUUAAGGAUGUUGAUCUGAGUGGAAAUAAAAUUACAUCUAUUAAUUCAGCGGGUUUCUCUUCCUCCUUUUUUUUAAAGAAGUUGAACUUGAGCAGCAAUGGACUGAAAAUGAUCUUACCGGGAGCAUUUGACUAUUUAUCCUACUUAACAUUACUGGAUCUGUCAAACAAUCGAAUCGAAAACAUUCCCUUGUCCGUCUUUAGUAGUUCUGGAUUAGGCAAACUACAAACAUUAAUACUAAGGAACAAUUCACUCGCGAAUUUAAAGAGCAAUAUGUUCAAUGGCCUGAAGCGUUUGGAAAAUUUGGCUCUAAGCUAUAAUGGAAUUAAAAGGAUAACAAGUCAAGCUUUCAAUGGAUUAGACAAUUUGUUAACAAUAGAUUUGUCUCAUAAUUUAUUAGAAAUUGUAAGCAGCACAUCUCUUAGAUCAGUUAGUAUAUUGAAAGUUUUGGAUUUAUCUCACAACCGACUUACAGAUAUUAAUGGCAUAUCAAGAAAUACUUAUCUUGAAAGGAUAUUUCUAAGUUACAAUAACAUAACAAAAUUGAAUAGCCUGGCUUUUGAUAGUAUGAUGUAUUUAAAAGAAAUAACUUUAGACCAUAAUCAAUUACAAACUAUCGUUGAAAAGACAUUCUAUUUACUUUUAUUCUUGGAAAGAAUUGAUUUAAGCUCAAAUCGAAUAAGCACAAUAGAGUAUAGAGCUAUCGAUUUUUGCGAUAAAUUGAUGUACGCUAAUUUUUCUCACAAUAAAAUAAGCAGUUUAAUCGAUGAAAAUGAUAAAUUUGUAUUGGAAUCAUUGCAACGAUCUUUGACCACUUUGGAUUUAUCUAACAACAAAUUAGGAACAAUUCCGGAUUUUCGAAGGGAUUUUACUAAGCUAACAGAUCUGAAAUUAUUGAAUAAUCAGUGGAUUUGCGACUGUAAACUAGGAUGGAUUAGAUCAAUUGUUGACAGAAUAAAUCUCGACAUGCCUCAUUGCGAAUUUCCUACUAAAAAGAGAAAUUUUCUUUUAAUUUGUUAUGAAGCGAUAGAUGAAGAAAGCUGCUUAAUAAAAACAAAUCCAAGUACAAUCUGUCUAGAAACAACUGUUAAAGCAUAUACCGAAUUCGAAACCACAAGGAUGACCACCCCUAAGAUGGAAACUACAAAACUUGAAACUACCAUAACGGAAACAGCCAAAAAAGAAACUACCGAAUUAGAAACCACAAGGAUGACCACCCCUAAGAUGGAAACUACAAAAAUUGAAACUACCAUAACGGAAGCAGCCAAAAUAGAAACUACCAGUCUAGAAACCACCAGAGAGGAAACUACAAAAAUGAAGACUGGCAAUACGGUAAUGACUACAUUGGAAAUCACCAAUAGAGGCACUACCAAAAUGAAAACAGGAAAAAUGAAAACCACAGAAAUACCAUUAGCUACAACAGACUCUGUUUACACAGAAUUUUUUACGAGUAAAGCAUCUAAAUUACAUAUCUCCUCGAAUUCAAUAGAUCAAAUUACAACUAACUUGACAACGUCUUCAUUAGAACAGUCUCCUAAAAAUACUUUAAAUAAUGAUUCUUAUACAUUUUCAACUGAGUCAAGUUAUGCAACAACACAUGUUAAAGACAAUAAUAAUUCAUCAGAGAGUAAAGAUACAAUUAUACCAACUAAAUCAGCAAGUAGUUUUGUAUCUUUUCCGCAAACUAGUCAUGAUACUAAUAUAUCUUCAAAAAGUCCAAGGGAAAUUACUUUCAAGCAAGGAGAGUCUGAAACAUUCAAUUAUAACGUUGAAAUGUCUUCCUCAUCUCCGGUAACAAAACCAACGAAAUUCAAAGAGACAUUAAUGACUGAAAAACAUACCACAGACAAAACAACCUACCUACAAACUAAUUCUAUAGAUCAUCAGAGUUCUUCUUCCAGUUUAAAAACUGUAAAACAACAAGUUCAAACGACAGAGGAAUUGACAACAACAAAAGCAAGCACUCAAACAUCAGAGCCUCCGAUCUGUAGAAAACGAUUUGUUUGUCCACCUCAACAUUUAAAGUGUUCAUGUCCGUAUGGAUACCGAUAUAGAAAAAUUUUAUGCGAAUCACUGGGAGAUAUAACCAUUCUGCCAUAUUUUUGCCAAUCCGAUACGUUCUAUACAGAAUUAAAUAUCUUUGGAGAUACUUGUGUUAAGAAACUGGGCCAGGAAUCGUUUAACAGUCUAAUUCUAGAGCAGAUACGGUUAGAAAAUAUUUGCAUUGAGGAAAUCGAAGAUUUCGCAUUCAAAGGAUCUCAUUCCUUCCUCCAAGAGCUUCGUCUUAGGAAUAAUAAAAUAAGAUCGUGUACGAAAAAUACUUUCGGUAAAUUACACAAUUUAAAUUAUUUAGAUUUAAAUAAUAACAGAAUGGAUAAAUUGGAUUCUGAUUGUUUCAAGUAUCUAGGAAAUUUGGAAAAACUAAAAUUAGGGUAUAAUUUUCUUCAAGAUUUGCCCACUAAUAUAUUUAAAUGGAACAAGAACCUAAAAGAGAUAGAUCUAUCCCAUAACUUACUAACUACUAUAUCGGAGGGAACGUUUAAUGGAUCUUGUAGCCUCUCAACUUUAGAUUUAAGCAUGAAUAAUUUGGAAACUCUAAGUAGGAUUUCUUUUACUGUUUUGGCCGAUACUCUGGAAAGUCUUCAAUUAGGUCGUAACAAUCUGAAAAGUCUACCAAAGGAGAUAUUCAAUGGUCUUACAAAAUUAAACUAUCUAGAUUUAUCUGAUAAUUUUUUAAGUGAAAUCGACGAUUCUCAUUUUAGUCAGAUUAUUAAUUUAAAUACUCUUAACAUUCAAUAUAAUCUACUGGAGGAGAUCAGACCAGCUCAAUUCGAAUCUACCAACCAAUUACAAAUUCUCAAUUUGGAAAGAAAUAAAAUUUCAACCAUUAUUCCUAGGACCUUUAUCAAAUUAAACAAGUUAAGAACUUUAAACCUAAAAGGAAAUAUGAUUGAACAUUUGAGAACGGAAAGUUUUAUAGGUCUAAAACGAUUAAACACUUUAGACCUCUCUUUUAACAGACUUCGUUCGCUUCCAUUAGACUUUUUUAGUGAACUUCAUAAUUUGGAGUUAUUAACGUUAUCCAAUAACAAAUUAAAAGAGAUAUCUAACCUAACUAUACCAGGAAACCUAAGUCAAAUAUGGCUUGAAGGAAAUCUAUUUGAUGAUGUUCCAAGUCUAUUUAAAGAUCAUAAAAUACUGACACAAAUUCAUUUGGCAAAAAAUAAUAUUAAAACAAUACCAUAUAACGGAUUUUCACGACUGCCUUCACUCUAUUCCUUAAAUUUGGCGAACAAUAAAAUCGAGCAGAUUGAUUCAUUAUCUUUCAACUCUUUGAACUCAUUAAGGAUUCUUAAUCUAUCAGAUAAUAAUUUAGGUGAAGUACCCACCAAAGCAAUAGAGAAUCUGACAUCUCUAACAUCUCUCUUCCUCGAAAGAAAUAAUAUUACAUUUUUAAAAAAUGAAAGUUUUAAGACUUUAAAGAAUUUAAAAGUACUACAACUAGGUGAUAAUCGCUUAGAGCUCAUUCGAAAAUCUUAUUUUGUUGGAUUAGACCAGCUAACUGUUUUAGAUGUAAGUGAUAAUUUAAUUGCAAGAUUGGAUGAGAAGAUCUUUCAUAAUUUAAAAAAUGUCAUGUUCUUUAACGCCAGCGGAAACAAUUUGAAAAAUAUUACAUUUAAUGGGCAAGUGAAAUUCUACAACAUUUAUACUAUGGAUCUAUCUCGAAACAAGCUUCGAACAAUUCCUUACAAAUGUUUCAUUUCCUUAGUUUCUUUAAAGAAAUUGUAUCUGGAUUUUAAUGAAUUGGAAAAAUUGGACAAAGACGCUUUCCUAGGCUUAACUUACCUGGAUAGUUUAUCAUUGUCGUCAAAUUAUUUAAAUCACGAGAUGUUGAGUUCAUUUCAUCCCUUACGCAGCUUAUCUAAUCUUAAUUUAAAUAGAAAUUCGUUAAAAGUAUUAAAUGACAAUUCCCUACCUUUAUCGUUAAUCAGUCUACAAACUUUAACGAUGAGAUCGGCUGAUUUACAAUUGUUAAGCAACGAAUCAAUAUCAAAAUUAAAACUCCUACGUACGUUAGACUUAGGACAAAACAACUUAACAGAUGAUUCGAUAAAAGCAAUAUCUUCUCUUGCAUCACUUCGUAAUCUACACCUGGACAAUAAUCUAUUCAGAAAAAUCGAAUUUAAUAUUGGGUUUCAACGACUUAUGGUGUUAAAUUUGUCGAAUAAUCAUCUAGAAUCAGAUAAAUUGGAAGCUAUCUCUAAAAUGAGACAGCUACAGUCUCUAACUUUAAGCUAUAAUGAUCUAACGGAAAUGAUCUAUCAUCAAACUUAG